UUAGUUUAAUUCGACUAUAUCGACGACCUGACAUGUUUUCCGUAGCAUUUAAAGGACUCAGAUCCCAGAAAGGUUGGAGAUUUUAAGUCAUUUUGUGUCGUAGGUGGCUGUUACUACGUGGGUAACAUGCAUAGAGUGGUUCAGCAAUAUUCGUUCAUGUUGGGGUUUAGUGUUUUAUUCAUUUUGCGAGUGUGAAUCAUUUUAUUUAUAUUCUCUAUGCUGGAUUAUUUUCAGCUCUUAAAGAAGCUCUAACGGGCGUUGGGUCUCUCUGCCUAAAUUCUGGAAACAACGUAAGUAUCAAUAUAAAAUAAUUUUACUAUCGCUGCACACGUUGCUUACAUAACAAGACCCUCAUACUGGGGGCUCGUUGGGCUGCCGACUGCGCGAUACAGUGGUUUAAUAUUUUGGGAAGUAUAGAUUAAAAUGACACUUUUUUACGGACUGAGUGUAUAGCUGCUCCUAACAAGUGGAAUGGAAUAGAGAAAAAAAAAUUAGUAAAAUCCAACUAGUGGUCUAUUAUCAAUGCUGCGUUCUGAUUGGCUGAGCUACUGCUAGGCUAUAUGUUAUAGCCCACUAGUAGCAAAAAGCACGGGCUUUUUGGCGGCAAAAAAGGAUUAAAGUCUAGCUUUAUAACUAGCUAAAAUUUUUUUAUUCUCGAUAUUUUUAAACAACUAGUUGGAUUUUACUAAAACAGUUAUUCCUCUCGCCCUCAUGGCCUCUGAGUCAAUAGCCCACUCGGCCUUCGGCCUCAUGGGCUAUUGACUCAGAACCCAUUCGGGCUUGAGGAAUAAUCGUUAAUUAGCCGUUUGGAACGAGACGAUUGUCAUUAUUUUUAACUGAGGCAUUUUCACAACCACAACCCACCCCUCCCCCAAUCCCUAUGGCCCCCCACCCCCCCAAAAAUAUAUCUAUAUAUAUAUAUAGCAUGACAGUAUAACAUGACUAAUUUGAUCAGAUCAAUAUACGUUUCUGGGAAACUGCCCACAUACUCCACCCCUAAGCCAACAUUAACACCUAUUUCUCAGUUAGGGCAAAAUGUUGGCUUAAGGGAGGGGUAGGUUGGCAGUUUCCCAGAAACGCAUAAUGAUCCAUUUGAUCUAACUGGAAAUUCCAAAAGUUAUUGUUGUUCUACGCUUAUAAAACGUGACAAGGUCAAAUUUGGUGUUUUAAAUACUGUAAAUAACAGUAAUUUUCUGUUCCUUAAAACACACAAAGCAAAUAAAGUUUCGGUUUUACUUCUACUGGAUAUUGCAUUUAAAGCACUUUUGUUGGGGCAAUCUACAAAUAAGAUAUUGAGGAAAGACUUUUCACAUGCAGGGAGAGAUAUUUGCAACAAGUUUAAGCUUUUCCUGCAGGGACCGUGGGCAGGCAUUGUUUCUGCAGCUCCCACACAGGCUAAUAACAACAUAGAAUACUGUAUUUAGUUAAUCAUUUGGCGUGGAUAUAGGGCUAAUAACUCUAUGCAAUAAUUUUGUGUUUGUUCCAAAUUGACUUCCAAAUCUGUUCGCUGGACUACCUUAAAUGACCCAUCCCCUCCUCGCAAAAAUCGGCUCCAUUGCAGGGGGAGUGGGACACGCUAUGCCUUCUGGGUGAGCGGUCCACCAUUUUGUCUUUUUUUGAUAGAGAAAGCUCAUUCCAUAAUUGGGUGCCACAGGCAGCCCAUUAAUUGAGCUUACCACAAAACUGAAAAUUCAUCAUCAUCUUAGAAGGUUACAUGUAACAAUUAUCAUUGUUGUGGUAGUUUUGAUAGUAAGGGAGAUACUCAGAAUUUUUAAACGUUCCUGUGUAUGCAACAUUGAGGUAUUCGUCGAAAGUUUCCUGGUGGUGACCACUUCAUCAUGGCAAUAAUUUGCAGCUUUACAGAACUUGAUUAUUAAUAAUCUUGAGGGUUUAGUGAGCAAGAUUGUAGGUGGGACCAAAGAUCCUGACACUUGUGACUCCUGUAACUCAAACCCAAACCCUACAAAACCCCUUCAGUCGAACUAGAAAUCAAAGUAUUAUUCUGGCAAUGGUAAUCUACAUGUAAAUAUCUUGUAAAGCAUCCUUUGAUUUGAUUUUGUUUGUUUGUACACAGAGUUUGUUGCUUUUACAAAAUGGAAGAAGGAGCACCGGUAAGAACUACAGGUGUACAUGUCAAGGACUAUAAGGACUAUAAAGAAAUAAAAUAAUGAUUUACACUGUAGAGGUAGUGAGUGCAUCCACAAGGUGGAUCUUCAUCUCAUGAUCUAACAUUCCAUGUAUGUGGGGUCAAGAGUACCAAGGGAAAAGCUUCUUGGGCAGAGGAAAGAAUCAACAACAAACUUCCAGGAUGUGAACCCAGGUCACACUGGAAGACGGCCAGUGCUCUAAUCACUGCACCACCUUUGCUUGAUUUUUGCUACAUGUGUACACAAAUGAUCAGUAUAUGGGAACAUCUUAAGACAGAAUCCAUCUGCAAAUUGAGUAAUUUAAAUUUUCAGUGGGCAAAAACCUUGUACCAGAAGAGUUUAAACAAAGUUGCAUCCUUUUUUACAUUUUUCAAGGGCUAUAGAUAUAAUUAGUUAGCUGUAGUAACACCAAAGAAAAAUUCUUAUGAGAACCCAAGAAAACAAAUGUCAAAUUCACAAAAUGACACCUUACACAUGAAAUUUUCAGAAUUUUACCUGUGUUUUCACGAUUCUUGUGAAAUUUGACAUUUAUUUUCUCGGGCUCCCAUGAGAAAUAGUCUUUACUGUUAUUACAAAAAUGUAAAAAUGAAUGCAAUAUUGUUUAAAUUAUAUCUGGUACAAGGUGUUUGUCCACUUAAAAUUGAAAUUACUUAAUUUCCUGACAGAUUCGGUCUUAAUAUUUUUACAGCCGUGGAGCAGAUAUAUAAAGCAUGCACAGGGAUAAAUUCCUUGAUUGUAGUUAUUCAUGUAGUUUAAUAUAUACAUGUAACAAUAAGGUCGAGAGAACCAAAGCAAUGCUUAACAUUUGGUUUCCAUUGUCUUCUAGCAAUAAUCUGUUACCUCAGUUCAAAGCACAUUCAAUAUGAUUCCAUUAAUAAUGAUAUUAAUGUCAACUUCAUUUCUACAUGUCUCAGCUAGUUGACAGUGCAUUUUGUAAAUGUAUUUAUUUAAUGUUAUUCCUUUGUAAGUACAUUUAAUUUUUUGGAAUUAGUUUCAUCAAGGGUUGCUUAGGGUGGUGGAAACUUGAGUCACCUUUAUGUAAGUUAUAUAUUCGGUUGGUGUCCACUAUAUAGACUGCGAGCAGUCCCUCAGGAUGGUCACGUGGGCGAGGAAAUCAAGCAAAGUGAGCGAAAGUAAAAAACAAGAAGCCGAGGGGAAGCUGCUCCAGUUUCCCUCUCGGCCAUUUUGCUCUCUCCAGUCCUUCCGAGCUUAGACUCGACUGACUGAAGAGGGACUGCUCACAGUCUAUCCACUAUAUUGCCGCGCAAAAAAAAAGCAACGAGCAAAACGUACUUACUUGACACUUUCCUCAAGCUUCAAGAAGUUCUGCCAGACACGUUUCUAGUUAAUAAUAAUAUUAAUAAUUAUAAUAGUGAGGAAAAGACUUUUUUAGUAAUAUUACAAUGAUACUCUGUAAUCUCCUUUUUGCCUACUUAUGACUUGGUUCAUUGCAUUUGUUGGAUUGAUUUUUUCAGUUUUCCAAUUCCGAAACUACGCUGCUCCCGCUAAAAAAGCUACCUUCUCGAGAAGUAAGCCACAUGUAAACAUUGGAACUGUGGGCCAUGUGGAUCAUGGGAAAACCACUCUAACAGCAGCCAUCACUAAAGGUGCAGGGAACAUUAUGUUUAACAGCUGAACCUUAACUAAGCCCUCAGCACCUGUUCACAUUGGCAACUCUUUUGUUUAAGCCAUUUAGGUCCCAAGAGUGAUAAACAUCAAUUUUCUCCUAACAAUAUUUAUUUAUCAUCAAGGGGAAUGAUUAUGAGAAUUAAUAAAAUGAUCACCAAAGGGUAAAUGCCUUGAUUUAUUAUCAGGGCCCAGUUGUUCGAAGGCCGAUUAGUGAUUAACCGGGGUUUCUUUUUCUUAUAUUCAAAAGCAUUUUCUCGAAUAAUUUUCUCUGUAAUUUUUAGAACUUCCAAUCAUCAACUUGUAGACAAAAAGAAUUAAAACUGAAAUACUUUUUAAGCUUUCAAAUCUGAAUUCAAAUCUCGCGCUAACCCUGGGUUCCCAGCUUUGAACAACUCAGCCCUUAUUUUCAGCUAAUUCUAUAAGGAAAGCAAAGAGAUCAGUGUAGAAAACUUGUAUUUGGAUAUUAGGGCUUAACCUCUCUUCAAGAGACAAUUAAUGUCUCCUCCCUAAGACAGACAGUUUUCUCUACAUUUGAGAUUUAAAGCCAUCCAUUGUGGAGGGUUUGACUCUAUAGUUUUUGUCGUUGCAAGCUGUUGUUAAACAGAGAAAUGUCUGAUGAUAGAACUUUAUGUACGUGUAUAUGCUGUGGAUCAUAAUUAAAUUCAGGUAAAAUAAAAAUUAUCAUUAUUUUCACCCUAGGUUGAUUCUCAAUUUCCCUUGUCUCCUAGCCCUAAUCCAUGAAUAAUUAGGCUUAGGAGACAAAGGGAAUUGAGAAUCAACCUUGGUUAAAAACGUUUAACCUGGAACAGUGAAUAAAGAUCUUUAAACAAUUUGCUAUGUUUUUUUCAGGCGAUACUGUAACUUAGAUAUCCUUAUUUUCCUCUUGUCUCUUAUUGGUAAUUUAGAAACAGACUGAGGAAACAGGACUUGUCUAAUGAUAUAUUUGGUUUUCAUUUUAGUGCUAGCUCAGGAGGGAGCAGCAAACUACAAGUCCUACACUGACAUUGACAAUGCCCCAGAAGAGAAGGCUCGUGGUAUAACAAUCAACACAGCACAUGUUGAAUAUCAGACAGCUAACAGGCAUUAUGGACAUGUGGAUUGUCCUGGUCAUGCUGAUUACAUUAAGGUACAGUCUACUGUACAUGUAAAAUAUAAAUUUUGCUAAGGCUAAAGGCGAAGUUCCCUUCAAUAAAUUUAUAAUAAACUUGUAACCAUGCAUUCCAGUGAAAUCCAUUUGGACUUGAGCCUGCCAGCCAUUAAAAACUAGUUACUUGUCAGAGCAUAGCUUGAAGAAAAAAAACCUGCAACCUCGAUGGUGCAGCACCUGAACCUGCGAUGAGGUCAUCUGAUACUGGUUGUUGACAGCUGGCAAUUACCACAACAUGGAUGUGCAAUAUCAGGUUGCAGGCUCAUACACUAGCUAGAAGGUGCAAGAUUUCACAUUGGUUGCCCCGUGGUGCAGAUGGAUGGGUAGGUGGAGGAACGGACGGAUGUUUUAGUCGCAUGAUUAUCAAAAUUUCUCGCAUGAAUGGACAACCAAAUUUUCUUAGCUAUGGGGCUCCAUACAGUACAGUUAAAAUAUUUAAAUUUGCUCGCAAGGAACAAAAACAACAGCAACGUUUUUCCUUAAAAGUAACUAAGUAUGCAUUGUUCUAGAACAUGAUCACAGGAGCUGCUCAGAUGGAUGGAGCCAUUCUUGUGGUAGCAGCAACUGAUGGACAAAUGCCACAAACGAGGGAACAUCUAUUGCUAGCCAAUCAGGUAGAUGAGCCCAAAUCUUACAUAAGGGUGUUAUUAAAAGUUCUUACAGGGCUGUGGUGGCAUUCCUAGAACAGGCAACUUGUAUGGUCAACUUAGAAUCUAUCUUUGAGUGCCUCUUAAAUUGAUAUUUCCUACACAAACUUCUGUGGACUCAGUGUUUUCCUGUAAAGCUGUCACGUCAAAAAUGUUACUGGUACUUUGUUACUUUCUUUUCUGCUUAACUAAUCCCCAUUCUUCUGGAAGCUUGGCAGCCUAAACAAAGACAGCAAAAGUAGUUAUGUGUGAUUAAUCCUGCCAGCUACACAGGCUAUGCUUAACUGUUCAAUGGCACUGUACUGUUCUUUUUGUAAUGCCUGUUUCAAAUGCUGCAAUACUGCCUUGCCAAACUCAAUUCUUAAGUUAUUAAUACAUUAGAGUACAUACAUGUACAUGAGACAAGAAAUGGUAAGAAGUCAGUUUUAUUGUUUUAGCAACAGCUAUUUUUUAUUCCACUGAAUUUCUUUUGAUGUUUGAAACCAAGUUGUUACAGUCAUGCUAGGGUUGUGCUAUUGUUGGGCCAAUUUAGCACAGUUGUCACACAACAUUUCAGGGUUGUAGCAAGCCUUUAGAAAGUAGGGGGCACAAAGAUUUUAAGUAACUCAUUGUAUUUGAAAAGCAGAGGGUUUUAGGGGGUGGAGGACCCAUUGGACUGAUCUCUGUAUCUUAAAACCAAAAUAAUUUUCCACCUAGCUGUCGAGACAUCAUUGUUUAAAUGCUCUGGGAGAUGAAUUUUUAUUUUCAACUUUUGUGCGCAUGCAUGUUUUGACUUUUUGGGGGCAAAAAACUUGAAGGGGGGGGGGGGGGGGGCUCCCCAUGCCACACCCCUGCAUUUGAAAUGGGCCUAAUAGUUCUUAGCUUUAGGCUAUGGAGUUUCUUACUCCUCAUGUUCAGUAACAUAUAUCGCUUGUUUAUCAUUGUCUUGUGUUUUAGGUUGGUGUAAAGCACCUUGUGGUGUACAUCAACAAGGCUGAUGCUGUGGAUGAUCCAGAAGUUUUAGAACUGGUGGGUACUCUUGUGAUUUUGCAUAACACAUUCAGCACUUAAACACACUGAAAAAUGUCUGACUGCACGUCUAAAACUCACUAAAAGCAGGUUUAGUUGGACUCUUGAUUAAACUAUUCUCAUCUUCUCAUUUUGCUGGUUUUCAUUACAUCAUGGUGGCAGUUUCCAUUUGCUUUUUUGUAAUCUGAAAUGUGUGAUUGUGAUUGUCUUUACAGGUUGAACUUGAGAUGAGGGAGGUUCUAUCCACUUAUGGCUAUGAUGGGGACAACACACCCAUUAUAAUAGGAUCUGCUCUGUGUGCCCUUGAAGACAAGAAGCCUGAGAUUGGUCGAGACUCCAUCAUUAAGCUUUUGGAAGCGGUGGAUGAACACAUUCCAACUCCAGCAAGAGAACUGGACAAACCAUUCCUUCUUCCCAUUGAAGAUGUGUUCUCCAUAUCAGGGCGUGGCACGGUAGUGACAGGGAGGGUCGAAAGAGGUGUGAUCAAAAAUGGUGACGAAGUUGAGUUUGUAGGACAUGGGGUCAAGGCAAAGACAACAGUCACAGGUAAGGCCUAUUGUUCCUACAAUCCAGGAUCUGAAAUGAACUUUUGAGGUAGGUUGCCCAUUGGGCAACCAUGUUUUCAGAUCAAGGUGCCCAAGGUGAAAUUUAGUUACCAACAGUAAAGGCUAUCUGUGGCCAGCUGUCCACUGUUACUGAAAUGUUUGAAGCUUUGAGUUUUGUUGAGUUCCAAGGCUUCAGACGCUGUCUGAGUUUUCUUGUUUGUAAUGACUGGAACUCCAAAUCUUAGUUUCUCAGUCUUACUCAAACUGAAUCUUUCAACAAGUGGACUGGUUAUUAACCUGUGCCAUUUCUUGUCCAGAAAUCUCAAUCUAUAAGUUAAUUUUAACAACAGUUUAUACCUUGUCGAGGUUGGAAGCUUGAAUAACGUAGCCGUAGUUCAGUGGAUAUCCAUGUUUAGCGAUUUUGUCGCCACUAUUACAAUCUGGGCUUGUUUGUUCAAAGCUGGACUAAGAUAACCCAGGGUUAGUGCGAAAUUUAAAUCCAGAUGUGAAAGCGUAACAAGCAAAAUCCAGUUUAAUUCUUUUCGUCCACAAUUUCAUUAUUGGAUGCUCCAAAAAGUAUAGAGAAAAUUAUCCAAGAAAAAGGCUUUUGAGCAAAAGAAUAAGAAACCCGGAUUAAAAUUUAACCUCGGGUUAGUUCUAAUCGGCCUUCGAACAACUGAAUCCAGGUCGUUUCUGACAACUAUACAAUCGUACAUUCGGAUCCUCUCUUCAAUCGUGCCUAAAGGGUUUAGGACGAUCAAGACAAUGCGGAUGAAACAAUCUUGUGAUAGGUUUUUGUAGUUCAAUAGUAGAUCAUCUGAACUAGUAAAAGUUGUUAGGUUCGACUCUUAUUGUGAGAACGCGGAUUUCUUUUUUCCGAGUUACUUGUGUCACAGACUGAAAAAUCGUUAUUUCCCAGGGAUCGAGAUGUUUCACAAGCUUCUUGACCGAGGAGAGGCUGGAGAUAACUUGGGAGCGCUUGUUAGAGGAGUGAAGCGUGAAGAUGUCCGACGUGGAAUGGUAUUGUGUGCUCCAGGAACAGUCAAAUCACAUACGAAAUUUGAGGCCCAGGUAAACAGAGAAUGAAUGGCCAGUUUGCGUGUCAGACAUUUAGAGGGGAAGGGAAAGAAGGAAUAAAGUCUCACGAAAACGCGAUGGGCGCGAUCGACGCGCGCGUUGCGCGCCUCCCUUUCCUCCUUCCUCGGCUCGUGCUCCCUUUUUGUACUCGCGCGUCUAACGUGUAAUUCCUCCUUUCUCUUCUUCCUUUAAACGCUUGUCUUGCAGGUCAUAAAAUGCCUUUAAAGCAAUGGACAAUUUUCCUCGAGCUCCCUUUUUGUACUCCCGCGUCUAAUGUGUAAUUCCUCCUUUCUGUUCUUCCUUUAAAUGCUUGGAGAAUGCCCAGCCUGCGUGGAAGGGGUUUGAAGGGAAAGGAAAAGCUGUAAUAUUAAAAAGCGCGAAAACGCGAUGGGUGCGACCCAUGCUCGCUUUCCUUUCUUCUUCCCUCGCGCUCCACAUUGUUUUUUUCUUGGCAGGUUUACAUUCUGAAAAAGGAAGAGGGUGGACGACACAAACCGUUUGUCACAAACUACCAGCCGCAAAUGUACGUCAGAACAGGCGACGUGGCCGCUACCAUCACUCUCCCCGAGGGGAAGGAAUUUAUUAUGCCUGGGGAUGAUGCUACCUUCACUAUUAAGCUUAUGUUCGAUAUUGCUAUUGAGCAAGGUCUCAGGUUUACUCUUCGAGAAGGCAGCAGGACUGUGGGGACUGGUGUGGUGACAAAGAUUAUUGAGUAAAGGGCCCACCCACCCCCUCUACUGUAUUAAGAUUUCUUCCCAUGUGGCUCUAAAGUUUGAUUGAUUCAUUGCUUGUCGAGAGAAAAAUGGUGCAGCUAAGUACAUAAAUGGUACCCACAUGGUAAGUGCUUCGUCAGUCUGCACUGUAAACAUGAAGCAACGUUUGUCGCCUUUUUGUUUGCUUUUAAUACUGAGACUAUUCUUAUCAUGUGUUGGUUACAAAGUGUUGUAGCUGGUUUUUUGUGUACUUUAUAUCGAGAUUACUCUGGAUGCUUUCUUUGCUGAAUAACAUUAACAAUAAUUUAGCUUAAAUGAGUGAGCUGUGGCUCCCCAGCUUAAUUCAAUACAUCUACUUUCUUACCUAAGUUUCAUCACGGAGUAUUGGUUGUUAUGUUGUGUUGUAAAAGCAUUGUACGAAGGAUUUUUGGCGAUUCUUGUGGCAUUGGUAUCUGUAUUUAAUUUUUUCCACUUAAGCACUUAAUUACAUUUACUAAUACUAGCUGAUUCUUUUGGUCGAUAUUUCAUGCAUUAAAAUUUGCCUUGUUUUUUUUAUUUGCAAGAUUAACAGCCCAUGUUCGAUGUAUCAAAAUUCUAACAUGACUCUGAGGCUUUCUGGUCAUUUUUCUGUAUUUGGUCAAGUCUCUUCCAGGAAUUGCGAGACAAAGGAGCCUUGAAAAAUUUGCAAUUUUGUCCCUAAAGCCUCAGAGGCACGUUAGAUUUUUGAUAUAUUGGUCUUUGAGACUGGGCCGGUGUUAUGUCGAAUACCAAUACGGGACUGUUUUGUGGGACGAGUUGGAGAGGAGAAGUGUGACGUCACGUUACCAUGGUAGCAAAAUUUCUGGAUCACAACAAUAGGGAGUUAAAGCAACUGCGACGGCAACGAGAACAGUUUAAAAGCAAGUUUAUAUUAGCAAAACAACAACUUUGCUCGUGAAUCACGCUUUUUUGUUCAUUUCUUAACCGUCGUUACACGACUACGACAUGAAACUUCCUAAUUUCACGCGCUUACUUUAAAUAGUAGGUAAACGCAAGACAAUUUUUUUUUGUAUAUCUAAACUUAAAUACGGUCCUUUCGGAUUCAACCCCCUAAAAUUUCGUCAACAUUUAACAAAUUUUUAUUGAAAUUGUAUAAGAUCGAUUAAGUUUGAAACAGUGCGAAUUCGCUUUUUAAGUGAGUUUUUGGUUUGUUGUCUCCAGAAAUUUUGCUACCAUGGGAACGUGACGUAACGACUUCUCCUCUCUGUUCGUGAUAGUCAGUCCCAUAGUGCAAUUCGACACAGCACCGAGCCAAUCUCGCACGCACACCAAAAAUGGCGACCGUGAUCGACGCGGAUUCUCCUUUUCAUACCUCGGACAAAAUUAAGCGUGACAUAACUUCUCUCUGUGUUAAAAUUUCAUCAAAUGUUUUUCUGAGACUUCUUUGGGGAAAUUGUUAGAGGCACGUAAUUAGAAGCUUAACUCCAGAUCGUCAUGAUCUUGCUUCCAAUAAACAGGAAAUUAAAAACAGUAAGUGUUUUUGUUUCCCAUUAUAUCUUGUUCAGUGAACCAACCAUUUGACGUUUCUUACUGUCGACAACGCCAGCCUUGCAGCGCUUCCCUUGCGAGUUGUCUUUUAUGUUAAAAUCCUUCUUUUAAAGCUGGUAAAAGAGCGUUAUUGAAAAACACCAUGAUUUGUAGGGUGGUUGGAUUUCCUGUUUUUAAGACAUGCACCGCUUUGAUGCAAUUUCUCAUGUCUUCAUCAAUAAAUCAAGCAAGGUGACGUUCUCUCACUCCUUUGUCUUUAAUUAAUUCCUUAAUUUCCUUCUCUUUUAACUUUCCAAAACGGUC